CCGUCAAGGCCCCUCCCGUGGGCGGCGCUUCGCUAGGCCGCCGCCCGCUCCUGGAAGCCCCGGCCCCCGUCGGCGCGCACUUUCCCCUGCCUGGGCCGGGCAGGCGGGCGGUCACCAUGGGCAGCAAGAUGGCGGCCGCCAGUAGGGUCGUUCAGGUAGUGAAGCCACAUACACCCUUAAUUAAGUUUCCAGACAGAAGAAGUACUCCCAAACCUACAAUACAGGAGCCUCUACAAUCAAGAGUGCCUCUGCCUCAUGGUUCAGCCUCACAACUCUCCGCAGGAGGUGGGCCAUCACCAUCUACAAAUAUUUCAUUCUCCAGUAGAAUUCAAGGCACACCUGACACUUCAGAAUUAGUAAAAACGUUACCUCAAAAAUAUAGAAGGAAACCCAUGUCGGUGGAAGAGAUGGAGUAUAUCCAACGUGGAGGUCCAGAAUAACGAACAAGACUCCGGUUAGCUACUGGUGUACAACAAACUCUUAUAUUCACAACAAAGGCCUUCCUCACUCUCUGAAUGUUAUAAAAGUCUAAAAGCAAAUAGCUUUGUUAAAGGUAUUUCACGAGGGAUGAGAAGGUAAAUACGUCUUCAGAAAGUGGCGGUGUCCUAGAACAGAAGACCAUUCUGUUUUGAGUAAUUGUGACUCCACUUUAUACAACUCUACAAUUAAAAUUUUAUUUUAUUUGUUCUACUUAGCAAUAAUGGUUUUGUUAUCUCCUUUGUAGCUGUUGUCGAUACACUAAGGAAGAACAGCAAAAUCUUGUGGUGUUUUCACUGUUCAUGUAAUGCCUGUCUGGCAUGAAGGAAAGCAAUAUUUGUUUCUUCUCUCCAACAGCAUCAAUCAUGUCCUUUGGGAGAGUUUUUUUAAAGGGUGGGGGAGGUAAGAGACAGUAUCAAGACAGAACUUGCAGGUGUUAGUGGAUGAAUUGUAUUUAUUAAACAUCAGUUACAUAUUA